AUGUCCUUUGACUGGCUGAAUGUUCCGGGAUUGAACACUGCCACUGAUGACAGACAGAAUAGCACCUUGCCAACUGUGUCUUUUGAUUUCGGUGUUACUGAUGAUUCAAGUAAAGAGCAAGGAAUGCAUUUCCUUGAUGAAACUAUGAAAAGCAGCAGUGAUCCGUCUUUGGUUAGAAAGCUGGAUGAAGCUAACAGUAAACUUGAUGUACCUCCCGUUUCCGGCGCUUACUUGCAACAGAACGGAUUACAUCGUUCUCAGGAAGCACUGGCAACUGAGGAAGAUCACAAAACACAGAAGUCAAACAUCAAUGGAAAUCGUUAUCACAAUCCAAUUCAUGAAGAAGAAGAUUCAUACGUUGAAACACCCGAUGACUUGAGAGUACCACUCUCACUAUCACAAAACCAAUUAACGCACGAAGAGCUUCGAACCUACAUUAGGUGGUACAACUAUAUUACUGCCAGAACUCAUGGAAAAUUAAUAAAGCUGGCAGAUGUAUUCCAAUUUUUAGCAAAUUUUAAUGUCAGAGAAGAGUUGAAGAAAAGAAUAUUUAAGAUAUUUAGGAGUUGUAAAAACGCUCUGAACAUCGGCCAAUUUUUUGCGGUUUUAAGGCUGCUUGCAAGAGCUAUGCUGGAGGAUAUGCUACCUAGUAGAAAGAUGAUCCUAGAGAAAGCUCCAAUACCGAGACCGAGACCAAUUUUGAAUAAAGAAGGUGGAAAUGAAUUUUAUGAAGAAGUUGAAGAAGAUGUACCAGCUUCAAGUGGAACUACAACUUCAAAUAAUCAACCACCUGGAGAAAAAGUUGACUUUGAUUCUUUCGCAUCUUUAUUACUUACUGGAAAAACAGUUAGAAAGAGGAUCAGGCGGAAGGUUAAGAAUUCUGUAUUCAAGAAUAAAAAGGUGAGAUUUGCAGAAAAGGUUACAUUUCAAGACGCACCACAUUACGGCAAAGACAAACAGAAUAAGGACACAUCUACCACUACUGACGAUGACUCUUCUUAUGUGAGUACCGAUGAGCCUUUAGACUUAUCACUGCCUAUGGAUCAACUACUCAAAGUGAUUGCCAAAAGGAAAAAGAAUAGCGCUUUGGUAUCAUCGGUUCCUACAGAACAACAGGAAACCGAAGAAGAAAGAGAGAUCUUAAGCGAUAUGAAAGACUCACUGUCACAUUUCAAACAAAUCCAGGGACCUGAUUCAGUCACACAAAUCCCACCUUUGGUUGCACAAGGACAACAAUCUACCAUCUUUAAUACCGGUUAUAAAGUGACAGGUGAUCAACCACCAGCCCAAACAACUAGCCAACCUCAAGAGCCUGUACUAGAGCCACUCAAACCAACUGCAACAGGUUCAGCUAAUCAUUUAAUGAAAUCACAUAUGAGCCCAAAUAGUAUACCAGGUGCGUUUGAUAGCCAACCUGUUCAGGUACCAGCGAUACAGGCUACUUCCUCGGACGUCCUAGAACCACUUAAACCUACGGCUACUGGAUCUGCAAAUUACUUAAUGAAACAACAAUUCAAACCAGUCGAUAACCAACAAACUUCCGGUAAUAUUGGCCAUGUUGCUUCACCGCAACCAGUUGGUGUGACAUUUCAAAGUACAGGUAAUCAAUUAAAUCAACCAACACAUCUGGAUCUACGGAAUAGAUCUCCUCUUCAAAAUCUACCCCACCAAUCUCAACAACAACAUUUAGUCCCGCAAGCAGUAAAUUCUCAACCACAGCAACAGCAGCUGCAUCAACAAGGAAUCUUACAGCCCCAGGUACAUCAAAGUACGCAACAACAUAUCAACAAUUCUUUACAACAGCAUUUGCCCAAUAACAAUCCAACUAAUUUGUCCGCGCCCAAUGCAAAUUUGAAUUCUCCGCCUUUGGAAUCACCAGGAAUGUUGUAUGCAAGCAACGCUGCAUCAAAUUAUUUCCAAUCACUAUUAUCUAAUUCUCCAUCACCUAAUGCUAGCCAGGCCAACAUUCAUACUACCAUAAACUCGAAUAUGUCAUCAGGAAUUCAACCCAAUAGGCAACCAAAUGUACAGUCUAAUGCCAAUGGCCACUUAAGCCCAAAUGUGUCUUACGGUAAUAACAUGCAAAUGUCAACUCAAGGCCUGCAAAACCAGGGGUCCAAUAUGCAACAAAUGCAAAGCCAACAACUGCCAGUCUAUUCCAACCCAACAGGGACCACUAAUUACCAAUAUCCAGGACCAGGGAGCUUACAGAGACAAAACUCUCAGCCAGUCAAUUCUCAGGCUCAUAGACCAUCCUUCAGCUCCAUGCUACCACCUCAACAACAAUAUUUCCAAUCCGAUACACAGAACACCAACUACCAGAAUCAAGGGCAUGCGAACCAGCACAUUCCUAUAAAUAACAACAAUCAAAGCUACCACAACAUGCAAAAUAUCCCAACUGGACAGAUGUCUACACAAGAUAUACUAGGCGACCUGCAAUCGUUAAAGAAUCAAGUUGAUGCCCUACAGAACCAAUAUGGCCGUUUAUAG